AUGGGUGGUCAUAUUAAACCUCUGAUCUUGCACGCCCACGCCACGGGACCCAACCCCGUCAAAAUUGCCAUGGCGCUCGAAGCCCUCAACAUACCCUUCACCGUGAAGAACUGGGACUUUGGCGACGAUCCCAAAAAGGGUGUCAAGGGGGAGGCUUUCCUCAAGAUCAAUGAGAAUGGGCGAGUGCCUGCUCUGGAGGACCCCAACACGGGCGUGGUCUCAUGGGAAUCCGGAGCAUGCAUGAACUAUGUGCGUCGGGUCUAUGACAACGGAAACAAGAUUGGUCCCUCUGGAGGAACGGCUCAGGACUUGGUGGAUUUCGAAAAGUGGGAAUAUCUCCUGCUCACGACAUUGGGACCGAUGAUGGGACAGGUCAAUUGGUUCAGACACUAUCACAAGCAAGAGAACAAAGAUGCACUGGAACGAUACGUUGCUCAAGCUUACCGAUGCUACGAUGUUCUCGAAGGACAGUUGCAAAAGUCGGAUGGAAUGAGUAUUUUGCCUGGCCGAAUCACUGCCGUGGAUUAUCACUAUGAGCCAUGGCUGCGACAGCAUGAAUUUGCUGGGCUGUCCUUGGAAAAGUAUCCCAUGAUUCACAAGUGGUUGAGCUUGAUGCGUACCCGUGAGGAGGUGCAGGAAGCUUAUAUCAAGAUUCAGAAUGCUUCAAAAGCAUAG